UUAACUUAGCAUUAAAUUUUUAUAAAAUUAACUCAGAUUUAGUUAUUUUAAUAGUUAAUUAUUUUAAAAUUAAUCGAUAAACUUUAUCCUGUUUGUGCUAAUAAAUAAACUAACUUUAAAAAAGCUUCCUUAGGUGAUUCAUAUUUUCAGACAAUUAAUUCCACUUGUCAAAAUUUUUAAUCUAUUCUUCAAAUAUUGUGAGCUCUUUGAAACAGGCGAUGCGAUUUGAUUAUUCUUUCGAUGCAAAAUUAGUUGAAAAUACCUAUAUUAGGUAGUAAUUUUUCACCAGGAUUAAUUAAUUUUCUAGAAACACCUGGAUUUGAGAUUAAGAUUAAAUAUAAAUAGAUAAAUCUGGAUUACUUUUUGUGAUUAAGGAUUGGAUUUUAAAUUGCAAAAUGACCACAUAAACAUUUAAAACCAAAGUAUGUGUAGGACAUUCAAAUAUAAAAUGCAAAUAUGCAUGGUUGCGUAGCAAUAAAACGGACAGUAAAUUUGACAAAGUAAUCUAAUUAAAUUUAAAAUUUUCAAUAGAAUUUACAAUUAUCCCUAGUUCGGAUUAAUAAUAACCAAUCCGAUAUUUCCUAACUCUGACCAGAAAGUGUGUGUCUAAAUGUUUUAUACCAGAAAUGUCUUAAAGACAACGACUAUUAUUUUUAGUAAAUUGCUAUAUUGGCUGCUAAUAGCAACCAGCUACAUUGCAAUUUUGAUGAAGAAUGCUUAGCAACAUGAAAUAGUUUCAGAUGCCUCCAUCAAAACUCUUUCAGUUUUGAACCGAUCUCAAUCGGAUUUGUUUUAAAUGAUGCAUAACCGAUUUUUACACAAUAAAAUCAGGUUUUAUGCAUAUAUUCCUUUGACACAAGUGUCUCAAAUUUUGAUUGUAAAGUUUCAAAUUGAAAUUUGGGGGCUCAUAAUGCAACUUUUCAAUCGGGAAAGCUGUAAAACCGCAUCUCCUCAAUCUCCUCUGCACGAUUGCUCUUUACACCAUUUGCGUAGGAUUAACCGUUUAGGCUCUAGCCUUGUCGACAGUUUCAAAGGGUGUAUACGAAUGCAUACUUAGGCUUCGCCGUAACCAUGGUGACGCAUUUUUUUUUGCGGGCACCCAUUGUUACUUUUGCCUCACCUAAGCAAGGUUGCACGAUUGCUUGACUUUAAGUAUCUAGGUAACGCGUCUCCCUUAACGGUUGCGACAAAUGGUCGAGUUGCAAAAAAAAUAUUCAUUUUAAAAAUUAUUUUAAAAUUGGUUUUUCUCCCAUGGACGAAAAACCAAUUCUCCAGCCAAAAUAUUAAAAAAAUAAAUUGUAACCCACGACAAUUUUAAAAUGAACAUUCAUUUUGUAACUCGGGCAUUUCUCGUAACCUUAUACAGCGAUAAACUGUCAAAUAAUCUUGGCAAGGUUGCUUGACAACUUUAGUAUUACAAGGUUGCGACAAUUGCUUAGACGACUGAAAAACCUUAAUUUUCGAAAAGCCUGGAGUCUGUAGACUCCAGUGUGCGCCGCACAAAUUUUCACCCAAAAAAUAAAACGCCCAAAAUUUGUCAACACUCACAUUUCGUUCCCUUGAAUUAAUUUCGUAACCAUGGAUACAAGAAUCAGUGCAGUUGUAAAUGUAAAAUCGGCUAUUUCGGCGUUCCGGCAAAAAUUUGUGUGCUUUAAUUACCGUUAGCGACGGCCCAAAUAAUUAGCGCUUCAAAAAUGAAGGUUUUUGAAGCUCUCGAAGCAAUUGUCGUAACCUUGUAUUAUGAUAAAUUGUCAAGCAAUCUUGUCACCUAAGAAAAAAUUUAACCAAACAUUCAUCGAUUUCCAUGCGUUUCGCAGCAUCGAUCACUGGAGCCCCCCAUGACGACAAUUUAUUAAAACUUGCCACUUCAGUCUGACAAACUUUAAAACUUUUCCCACAAAAUUAAUCUGAUUGUCUAACCCACUUAAAGUAUCAGUAUGGGGUCAUUGUUCAUGGUGGUCGUCCCCAUACGCGAUCAUGAAGCUCUCCUUCGCCAAAAAGAGCAUCGCAUCCAAGUCAUCGAAGCUGGCAGCAUAGACCGCGCCGAAUUCCUCAAGGAAAAUGGAGGCGGGCUCACGAUUCACGUCCCCUCUGGGGAAGAGGGCCCUUCGAGCGGCAGUACUAACGCGACCCUGGCCUCGUCGGCCGGUACGAUUCGGUCCCAUUCCACGGGUGGCAAUGAGGUCGACGUUUACACCGCGUUGGCAGACGGCGCUCCGGUCCGUGUCGUCGUCUCGGGCGACUCCAUGGCCAUCAUUGGGGCGAAGCAGGGCGACCUCGACGAGCAUUUCGGCAAAAUGAUGGAAAGGAAGAAAAAGUCGGCGGAAGAUGCGGAAGAACUCGCGAUUCAGGAUGCAAUUGACAAUAUAUUUCUGGAAAAGCACUUGGAAGAAUGUCUUGCCAAGUAUGACAUUAUGAACGCGUGCUGGGGUCAAUCUGUAGACGGGAACUAUUCACAAGUUUCUUUCACCGUGAGUGCCGACAGGUCAGAGGUCAUAAUCAAGUUUUUGCAGACGGUGGGAAUCGGAAAGAGGCAUAAUUCCACAAUUUGCGUGUGUGCCUCGUCUGUUUACUAUGAACCGGAAACGGGUAACCAGAAGGAUAACGAAAAAGGAUCCGAGGAUCCUAAUGAUCCUGAAGGGAAAAAGGGGUCGAAAUGGGUCGAAGAUUUUGUAGCCUCGAUUAAAUCAAGACUCACCGUGGCCCAGGUUGUACAAUCGGUCAAGGCAAAUGCUAUCCUAACCUUUGACUAUAUCGUUUUAAUCCUCGUGGCUGGGAUGAUCGCCGGUCUUGGUCUCGUUGAUGAUAGCGCGGUCAAUGUGGUCGCGUCUAUGCUAGUCUCUCCACUCAUGGGUCCCAUCAUGGCGAUGACUUUUGGGGCCGUCAUCCGGGACUGGCAACUUGUCCGAAUUGGCAUAAUUUCCGAACUCGUCGGCCUUCUUCUCUGCCUCUUGGUCGGUUUCAUAUUCGGAAUCCUUCUCCAAGUUCCUGGACCGGGUGGACCAUGGGACAAAAUCGACCAGUGGCCGACACCUCAAAUGGUCGCACGGUCCGAAACUCGUGCCUUGAUCGUCGGAGUCCUUGUCGCCAUUCCGUCCGGGGCAGGGGUCGCUCUUUCCAUUCUUGCCGGAAAUUCUGGGUCUCUCGUGGGCGUCGCAAUUUCCGCCAGUCUCCUUCCACCCGCGGUCAACUGCGGAAUUUUGUGGGGUCUCGCGACCGUCGUUGCAAUCACGGAGCGAUAUCUUGGCUUUCCUCCGGAAAAUUUGGGCUGCAAUUCCCACCUCAAGGCCCUCGCGACACAAAACUAUACACACAACCAUGUGAAAAUCUAUUGCGAAAAUACCGUUCAGGAAUACUUUUUCAUGGGAUUGAACUCCUUUGGUUUAACUUGGAUUAAUAUUGGGGUUAUCAUUGUCGUUGGGGUUUUGAUUUUGAAGAUCAAGGAAGUCGCACCUCAUACAACGCGUCAAUCUUUGUCCCGAUUUUGGAAACAGGAUCUCAAAAUUGUCCGAGAUUUAAAUAGUAUGGGCAAAAAUGGAACGGGCUCGCUCAUGGCAGACCUCGAAGAAUCCGGAAAGGUUAACGACAUCCUCAAAAAUUUGGAAACUGACCAAACCUUCAGUGCCGUCAAUCGUCGCGCAAACUACAACAUAUUGAACGACGUAAGACAACGGAAACAGUUCGGUUCUACGGAAGAUGUCACUGGAGGUCAAAACGCGGAGUCAACGCCAAAAUCCGGUGGUUGGUUUGGGGGUUGGUUUGGCGGUGGUGCGACGAACGAGGCAGAUAACGCCAAAUCGGUCGAAGAAGGGCAAGGCAAACGUAAUAGGCCAAAGCUCAUGUAAAACUUGGAUACGUUUUGUAAUAAUUAUGUAUUUUUUAUAAUGACUGGGUAAUUAAUGAGAUAUUGACAAAUUAGUGUA